AUGGCUGAUAAUUUAGCCACUACAGCUACUGGUUUUGAUACUUUUGUGAACAACAUUCUCAAUGAACUUGAUGACGAGGAAGUUGGCGGUGCUACUUCUGAAGUAGAAGACAUUGAUGAGGUUAGCAUUGAGGACAAUCAUGAAAAUAGUGAGAGUGAACAAAGUACUGAAGAAAUGACAGACAAUUCUGGUGAUGAAAUGGACACAGAUGACAUUCCAGUACGUUUUUUUAUUGGAAAAAACGGGCACACAUUGUGGAUGGACCAACCACCACCUCAAGCUGUUCGUGUCAGGUCACGGAACAUUGUUCCAGCCAUACAUGCCCCCGGUGUGAAGACAGCAGCAGGUAAACAAGCUACUACACCUAUUCAAAGCUGGAGGUUGUUUUUCACUGAUGACGUUUUACAGCAGAUUGUUGAAUGUACCAAUAUAAAAAUUUGUCAGCUUCAACCAAAUAAUAGUAGGGAGCGGGAUGCAAAAGAAACGACCCUAUCUGAGAUAAAAGCUGUGAUAGGUUUGCUAUAUUUAGCUGGAGUCAAGAAAUCCUCACAUGUCACCUUGAAGGAUUUGUGGGAAACUGAUGGAUUAGGACUUGAACUUUUCCGUUGCGUUAUGAACCUGUCUCGUUUUACAUUUCUGCUGUUAGCUAUAAGGUUUGAUAACAUAUUGACUAGAGAUGAGAGAAAAGAGUUUGACCAGCUAGCUCCUGUUAGAGAAAUGUUUAGCCAGCUUGUGGAAAAUUUCCAAAAGUAUUAUUCUCCUGGGCACUUCAUGAUGUUAGAUGAGAAGCUUGAAGCUUUUAGGGGCAAAUGCCCUUUUCGGCAAUUUAUCAAAAACAAGCCCGCCAAGUAUGGCCUGAAAUUAUUUUCUCUUGUUGACACUAAAAUGGCCUAUACGUAUAAUUUAGAAAUUUAUGCAGGUAAACAGCCUGAAGGUCCAUUUCAGGUAUCCAACUCAGCGAAGGAUGUUACAUUGAGACUCAUAAAGCCAAUUGAAAACACUGGACGAAAUCUAACAACUGAUAAUUGGUACACUAGUGUACCAUUAGCCAUAGAAAUGCUAGACAAAAAAUUAACUUUGGUUGGAACCCCACGUAAGAACAAGGCAGAAAUACCACCUGAGUUCAUUGUAAACAAAGCAGUGUGUUCAAGUAUAUUUGGCUUUGAUGAUAAUAAUAUUACUUUAGUGAGUUACUCUGCAAAAAAAAAUAAAAAUGUGAUUCUGUUGUCGUCAAUGCAUGAUUCACCUACUAUUGAUCCAGACACAGGGGAUAAAAGAAAGCCAGAAAUUAUAACGUUCUAUAACAGCACAAAAGGUGGGGUCGAUACCACUGACCAGUUAUCAGCCUUGUAUUCGGUAUCCAGAAAAACCCGCCGAUGGCCUAUGGUGAUAUUCUUCUGUUUACUAAAUACCGCCGGAAUAAAUGCACAAGUCAUUGUUGCAUCAAAUAAAAGGUUUGAAGAGCAAAUCGUUCGAAGGAAGUUCUUACAAGAGCUUGGGAUCAGCCUUGUCAAACCUUUUAUGGAAGAAAGAGCCCAAAUGAUGAACCUUCCAAAGGAACUCCGACACAAAUCAAAAAGUUUUUGCCUACUCAAGAAGAUCCUCCAGCCCCUAGACAAAGAUUAG